AUGUCAUCGUCAGUUCAUUUCAAAUUCAAGUCCCAGAAGGAACCCUCACGGGUAACCUUCGAUGGCACUGGUAUUUCCGUUUUCGAACUCAAGCGUGAGAUCAUCAACCAGAGUAGAUUGGGUGAUGGGUCUGACUUCGAGCUGGAAAUCUAUGUCGAGGAUACUGGAGAAGAAUACGAUGAUGACACCACCAUUAUCCCCCGGUCCACCUCCGUCAUCGCACGUCGACUCCCGGCAGCGCGCCCUGGCAAGGGUGGCGCAGCUCGCUAUGUCUCCGGUAAAAUGCCCGUCAACGCUCGCAACGCCUCCCGUACCGAACCGUUGACGAGUCGAGCCGCGCCGGGAAUGGGGGGAUCAGUGACCAACAAUGUGCUGGAGCUUAACAAUGCGCAGACAGAAGAGGAAAAGAUCAAUGCUCUCUUUAAUUUGCAAGCUAGUCAGUGGAAGGAGCAGCAACAAGAGAUGGCCAAUGCGACCCCCGUCCCCUUCGGCCGUGGCAGAGGCAAACCUGUCAACGUCCCUGAUCACCCUCCUCCACCUGGGUAUCUUUGCUACCGUUGCCGAGAGAAAGGCCACUGGAUCCAGGCAUGUCCGACGAACAAUGACCCCAAGUUUGACGGCAAAUAUAGGGUCAAGCGAUCCACGGGUAUCCCCCGAUCAUUGCAGACCAAGGUCGAGAAACCCGACUCCUUGGCACCGGAUGGGUCCAACGAUGACUCGAGGAACACAGGGGUCAUGGUGAAUGCCGAUGGAGACUUUGUCGUUGCACGACCAGAUAAGGCAGCAUGGGAGUUGUACCAAGAAAAGGCCAAGGCUUCGGCGGCUGCCGCGGCCGAGGCCGCCGCCGCAGAGGAGAGCAAGGUGCUGCAGGCUCGAGGUCUGGAAUGCCCGAUUGACAAGAGGAUGUUCUUAGAACCUACAAAGACCCCAUGUUGUCACAGGACAUAUUGCAAUGAUUGUAUCUCCAAUGCCUUGAUUGAAAGUGACUUUGUCUGCCCUGGUUGUUCUACCGAGGGAGUCUUACUUGAUAACCUUACGCCCGAUGACGAGGCGGCCUCCAAAAUCAAAGCUUACGAGGCAGAGAAGACGGAGGCUAAGAAGGAGAAGGAAAAGCAACUCACCACUACCUUGGCACAGAAUGGGCAAUCAGUGAACGGCACCCCAGCUGCUGCCGAACAAGAUUUUUCCAAGGAUACGGAAUCGAAGGAGCGAUCUCCGCCUCAUCAAGGAGGAGAUGACGCAUCCACGCAAUCCAAGAAGAGACCUGCUGAAGAUGAGCCAGUUCAUGAGAAGACGGACAGUGUCGACGGUGGUAAUGCGUCCAAAAGGCAGAAAAGCGAGGACCAACCCGAAACGACUAGUGCAGGCACUGGUCCCACCACGGCCACAACUAGCCAUCCCAAAGAAAUGCCGAAUAACCUCCCCAACCCAGCGAUGCCUUUCAAUCCGCAAAUGCCAUUUGGAGACUUUAACAACAUGAUGCCUCCCUUCUCGAAUGGCGGCUUUGGCAACGACGCCAUGCCAUUUAUGAACCCGAUGGGCAUGCCGAACGGUUUCUCCAAUCCGAUGGGACCUGGGUGGAACCCGAUGAACAUGCCCUUUCCCCAAAUGCAAGGCGGCAACAUGUACGGGAACCAGAACAAUGGCUUCCCAAACAUGUUCAACGGCGAUCCGUCGAUGAUGUUUCCCAUGGGUGGAAUGGGUGGCGCGAUGCCAAACCAAACCCCCGGCUUCCAGAACCCUGCAAUGAAUAACUUUGCCAAUCAACAACGAACUGCCUUUAGCGGGCCAUAUUCUCGCGAGGAGGACUCACCGUACUUCCGACAGCCGGUGAACCCGCAACGACACCAGGCGCGGAACCGUCGAGUACGACCAAGUGAUUAUCGCGAGUUGUGA